AAGAGGACCGGGAAAAUCUGGCGCAACCAAGCCCGUGCCCUGAAAGCCCUGGAGGCGGCGGUGGCGUGGCGUUCCGUUCGCAACGGCCUUGACGACUGCGGGGAAGGCGCCCCACGUUAUUCAGAAGCCAAACCCAAGCCUCGCAGCCCCACUUCUCCCGUUCCACCGGUAUAUAUAUGCCGCGGGUCACCGAGAGGUCGGGUCAUCGGCAGCCUGCGAGACCAGUUCGAUCGAUCAAUCAGGCCCAGAAACCUCGGCGUCGCUUGCUUGCGUUGCGUGUGUGUGCGUGUUCUUGAUUCAUGGCGAGAUCGCCGUUCGUCCCGAUGGAGGCGGGGAGGGAGCAAGGCGCCGUCGGAGGGGGAGCGGCGAUGAAGGGCCAGGAGGAGCGGGAGGCGGCGGCGGCGGCGGUGCUGCUGGUGCACAGCCAGGUGCGGCGGAUCAAGCGGGAGGACGAGGCGGCCCGGGAGCGCCUCCUCAAGCUGCGGCUGCUGGAGACCAGGCCCGCCGGCGCCUUCUGCGACCCGGUGGCGUGGCGGGCCUCCCGCUCGCUGUCGCCGCUCCGCCGCGCCGGGAACGGCGGCGUCCCCGUGGGGAACUGAUGGGUGGCCGGCCGGCCGUAGCAGGGGCAGGAGUUCUUGCUGCGCCUCCGAUCCGUGUUCCCGAGCUAGCUAGCGCUCGCGGUCGCGGUUACCAGCAGCAGCCUGUUGUAGAUACGAAGGGGAGAGUCGGUACCAAUUAGUCAGUCGGUCGGUCAUCGUGCCCGUCCAUGUUUUUCUUGCCGAAGUUCAUGGGAUGGGAGCUUAGUAGGGACGAGACGACGGUAGGGUGAUGGCAGCGUCGCCGUGUGACCAUGUAUUAGUACUAGCAUGCUCUGUUCUGUCUCCUCGUUCUUGUAUAUAUGAGAGAGUUCUACCAUGUCCA